CUCUCCAAGCACAGGCCCCUUUGCAGCAUGGAAGAGCGGUGCUGUCCUUGGCUGGGGGGCCCGCUGCAGUAGGUCCCUGAGCUGCCGUUGGUCCCUGUGCCCCCGAAGGGGCUCUUUAACCAUGUCUCCUUCCCCUCCCCACAGCCCGGCGGCGAGGAGGGGGCCGCGGGAAGAGCAAGGCAGCGGAGUGAAAGAUGAGCUGCGGACACCUCGGUCCUGAGCUGCGGAGUGCCCCUGCUGUGCCAGCUGGCUGCCUCUCCCGCUCCCCUGUCUGCAUCCGGCUGCCCAGCGGCGGCGGCGCGCGGACCCUGGACAGCAGCGCUCGGGCUGGGGAGGAGGGAGAACUGGGCUGGAGCUACCCUAGCUGCCUGAGCCGCUGGAGCUGCCAGAGCGCCAGGCCUGCGAGGCCAGCUCCCCCGGGGGAACCUUGCUCCCUGCCCUCCACCCCCACAAGCAGCCUCCAAGGAGCCCAGCAGUGCUUUUCCUGCAGCUGGGGCCUCAGCUCUCUCCAGCUGGCAGCGGGGCUGAGCAGCACCGUGGACCGUGCCCUCUGCCCGUCGGGACUCCUGGGAAGACGGAGUGGGGGACCAGGGCCCAGCCACCGCUCCCGGACAAGAGGAAACCACUCCUGUCGGGUGAAACUUAGAUUUGCCUCUUGCAUCGAACUCUUGGAGCUGAGCAAGGUCUGCUGAGCGAGCCCCGGAGGCUUUCAUUUUUCUCACUUGGUUGGUGUUUGAGGAAAACUGCAAGAAGUGGGAGACGAGAGGAAGAAACGUUACAAACUUUGGGGGGGGGGGGGUGGAGACAUUUUCCUGAAAGUGGCAAGUGGCCUCAGACCUACAGUUCCCGAGCCAGUGACGUCAUCCUUUGCUCGGACACUCUGGGAGGUCCGGACGCCGCCCCAUGACCAACAUCGAAGACCCCAGAGGAGCCAUGGAGUCCGCCCUGGCCACGUCCGGCUCGGCCACGGGCCCCGUCACCUUCUCCCACGUCUUCGGGCAGCAGUGCCAGCUGAUGGAAGCAGCGGUGCAGUCACUGCACACCCUCAAUGACCAGAUAUCUCACUUUAUCGUCACCAAGUCCAAGGCGCUGGAGGAGGACAAAGACCCCUUUGUGCCCGCUGAGAAGGAGACCCUGAAGAGCUCCAUGACCUUGAUGAGGCACCUGCUCAUGGAUGCCCAGGUACGGCGGAGACCGCCGGCGGCACCCAGAGCCGGUCGCAGGGGGUCCUUGGUGGUGGUUUCGUGGCGUAAGUGA